AUCUGAUCACUGGCAAAAGUACACUACCACAACACCCCAAAACCUUUCCCAAAAUCACAAAAUAACCCCUCAACCCAAUAAAAUAAUCAAUAACCUCGAAUUUGUAGAUAAACCAGGGGCUGAAUCGAAAAAUGUCUGAGCAGUUAAAAACUCCCACCGUCCCACUCCGCUCCACUUCUCCCACCACUUCGCUCGCCUCGCCGCACCAACCCAUCGAUCCAUCCAUCCAUGGCCGCCGCCGCCGCCCCCGACGCCGACCACCAUGCUGCCGGCGCUGUACCCGGCGACCCGCUCGCCGGCGGCGUUGGGGUGGACAGUGCUUGCUCCACCCCGUUCGUCAGCGCGCCGUCCAGCCCGUCGAGGGACCACCACCACUUCUCUGCCUCCCACGGCGCCUGCUUCUUCAGCGCGCCGGCGAGCCCCACCCGCGGCGGGGGCGGCAAGGAGUUCGGGUGCCUCGGCGACUUCGACUUCGACUUCUCGUCGCGGUUCCCGUCCCCCUCCGCCGCGGCAAUGUCGUCCGCGGACGAGCUCUUCCACAACGGCCAGAUCCGGCCAGUCCGGCUCUCCGCGAUGCUUCUCCAGCCGCAGCCUCUGCCCCCGCUCGUCGACGGCGAGCUCGACGCUUCGCAGCAGGCGGUGGUGGAGGAUGAUGUGGCGACGAAGGGAGGUGCGGAGACGGACGAGCGCGGCCGCAUCCGGAGCCGGUCCGUUCGCCGGAAGGCGCGGUCGAUGUCACCGUUCCGCACGCACUGGAGGGCACCUUCGCCAGCUCCGGCGCCGGAGUCCGUCGAGCCGGUAGCGACCCCGGCGGCGUCUCGCUCGUCGUCAUCGUCGUCGACCGCCUCCUCUGCUUCGUCAACUUCCUCGAGAGGCUCCCGCCGGUGGGCGUUCUUGAAGGACCUCCUCCACCGGAGCAAGUCCGACGGCGGCAAGAACCACCACCACCACCACGACACCGCGCCGCCACCGCCUGCAGCAUCCAGCACCGCGGCGCCAAAAAGGAGCCCCUCGCCGUCCCCGUCUCCUUCGCCGGCGGCGGCCGCGAGAGGAGGGAGAGGGACGGGGCGGAGCAGGAGGAGAUCGGCGCACGAGAGGCUGUACGAGGCGAGGAGGGCGGAGGCCGAGGAGAUGCGGCGGCGGACGUACCUGCCGUACCGGCAGGGGCUGCUCCUCUUCGGCUGCAUCGGCCUCGGCUCCCGCGGCUACGGCGCCGUCCACGGCCUCGCGCGGGGGCUCAACGCCGCCGCCGCCGUCUCCUCGAGGUCAUGACUCGUGACCGCAACCGCGAAAGACUCCCACCAUCUCCAUGGCCGGCCGGACACCUCUCUCCGGCCAUGGCUGCUGUUCUUGGAGCAGUGUGUAGUGGCAAUGCAGUGUGAAAAACCUGCAAAAAUUGCAUAGAAAAUAGUAGCUACUUACUAGAAGUUGCUUUUGCCUUAUUAUAGUUUCUUGUAUGGAUUUUGGUGAUGUAAACGAGCUUGUUCAUCCGGUGACAAAACCACUUAUUAACAAUGGCAAAAAUGUGUUCUUUUACUACA